CCUGUGGAAUUCUGAAAUGUUCCUUUCAACACUCUCAAAAAUGGUGAGGCAAAAACCCCACUCAAACUCCACUCACUCACUCUCCCCUGACUGAUAUAAUAACUCAUUGCAUGCAUCUGUCAAUCACUCCCCUCUUUCUCUCUCUACAUAUAUAAAAAUUUAAUCCUCUCUCCCCGUAAGAAUUUUGAAUAGUAGUUUUAGUUGGGAAUUGGGAAGAAUCACAUAAAUGGAAAGAAAAGAAGAAAAGGUAGUGCAGGAGAGUUCAAGCAACAAUAUUACUAUAAAUGGAGAUGAUGAUGAGUGUGAUAAUUUUGAAGAAGAGGGUUUCAAUCUUCUUAAGAGGGAAAUUGCUUCCCAUUCUUUGUAUGCUCUCUUGCUUCAAUCUCACUUGGACUGCUUGAAGCUUUGUUUAGGCAACGUGGUGGAGAAGGUUGAUCACAAUGUAGGCGACCGAACGACAUUCAAUCCCAACCAUCCAAACUUGCGCACAUCCGACCAUCAGUCGGAGCUGGACCAGUUUAUGGAAGCAUACUGUAUGACCCUAAAGAAGGUGAAGGAAGUGAUGGAAGAACCCCAGCAAGAAUCUAUGGCUUUCAUAAAUUACAUGUAUUCUCAACUUGAGGAGCUACUACUUCUGGACAUUAAUCCACCCUCCUCACCUAUUAAUUAAUUCCUCCGGAGGUGCAGAAAGGUGGCCCUCAAUAUGGGGCAGAUCAGACGCCAAUAUGCACAUUAACAAGCAGAUUGAAGCACCUAAUUAAGUUUAGUCAAAUUAAAUUUGAACUGCCAGUACCCCUCUUCUCAUAUUUCCUGUUAUAACUUAUUAUAUAUUAGCGAUUGAAGUAUGUUGGAUGUACGUAGUAUAAAUUGAUUUUUUAUAAU